AUGUUUGUUUUACCCUCGAACCAUGAGAUAAAUCUAUUAAUACCAUCCAAUCAAAUCCCGCCAAUCUCCUCCCUUAGGCUUGAGACGGAGAAAGCAAACAGAGCCCUUGCGGAGAACAAAGUGAAUGAGCUCAGCGCAGCCGCAGCCACGGCACAGGCAACACAAGAGGCCCAACUAGUGCGUAUCAAGGCAAGUGUCUGUGCGUGUGUGGGUGGGUGUAUUCAUUGUGCGCUCCAAUCGGACUACAGCGCAUUGAAGGAGUCGACUGCUACUCUCACCACUCAGCUGACAAUUGCACACACAACCAUCACCAACAUGGGCUCAGAGCACGACGUUAUCUUG